AUGAAUACUGAGGAGAGUAGAUUAAAUGCAUACAAAGAAAAAACAAAAGUUGACGGUGAAGAGCUUGUACGUAAUGUUUUCCCUAAACGUGUAUUUGAAAUGGAAGACAUAUUGGCUUCAGAAAUGUUUUUUCUUGAUGGUGAACAUGUCCACUCUGGUGUCGACAUACCUUAUCCCAUUAAUUCUCAUAAUCACUUGAAUUCUGGCGCUAUGGAUUCUGGUUUAAACAAUGACAUUGACAAAGUAGUCAAUGAAAAACCACACUUUCCUAGUAAAGGUUCUUUUGUGUAUGCUUUUCCGAAUGGUUACGUGUCAUAUAACAAACAUAUCAAGGCUAUGAUUGAGAGAACCAAACCAUGCUUGACUCAGCUGAUGAUUGAGGCCCAACUUGUGCGUUUAUGGGUUCAAUUUAAUAUACCACGAAUUGAAGAUGGUAAUAAUUUUGGUGUAGGAAUUCAAGAAGAGAUUUUGGGUGAAGCGUCAAGCAUUGAAAGAGAUGCAUGUACCUUCUUGGAUCAAGUAACAAGGUACUAUGCCUCAAGAGGAAAAUUAGUGGGUAAAGUUGCCAAAUAUCCUCAUAUCGAAGACUAUCGAGAGUGUAUUCGAGAUAUGGAUGAGAAACAGGCAAUAACAAUGCGAUAUAUCAUAAUGGAAAUUCGUAAUCAUUAUGCCACUUUACAUGACAUAAUUAUCAAGAAUCUGGAUCGCAUCAAAAUGCCCCGUUCUAACAAUGCAAUCAAUAUGUACUGA